AUGGAGCAAAUGAUGCAAGACAUUGAGGCUCAGACUACCGUGCAGAAGGAAGCAUCUAAGAUCUUCCACAAGGGAAAUGCUCCAGUAACUUUGAAGUUUCAUGAUGUUGUAUACAAAGUAAAGGCCAAAAAGAAAGAACAGAGAGUAAUACUGAGUGGAGUGACAGGCAUGGUUCAACCUGGUGAGAUUCUUGCCAUUUUGGGUCCAUCUGGAAGUGGCAAGACAACUCUGCUAACAGCACUAGGGGGAAGACUUGGAGGGAACCUUUCUGGAACCAUAGCUUACAAUGGAAAACUCUUUUCAAAUUCAAUGAAAAAGAGCAUUGGAUUUGUUACACAAGAGGAUAUUCUCUAUGCUCACUUGACAGUUACAGAAACUUUAGUGUUUACUUCUCUUUUAAGAUUACCUAAUAGUUUCACAAAACAAGAGAAAAUUGAGCAUGCGAAAUCCGUUAUUUCUCUACUUGGUUUAACAAAAUGCAAAGAUAGCAUAAUUGGAAAACCAAUGUUGAGAGGUGUUUCUGGUGGGGAGAGAAAAAGGGUUAGUAUUGGACAAGAGAUGCUUAUUAAUCCAAGUUUAUUGUUUUUAGACGAACCUACUUCUGGGUUAGACUCAACAACAGCUCAGAAAAUUGUGUCAAAUUUAUGGGAGCUUGCGAUCGGUGGAAGAACUGUUGUGAUGACAAUACAUCAACCUUCAAGUAGGAUAUAUCAUAUGUUUCAUACUGUAUUGCUUUUAUCAGAAGGAAUUCCUUUGUAUUAUGGAAAGGGUUCUGAAGCUAUGGAAUAUUUCUCUGGUGUUGGAUAUGAACCCGCAAUCGCUAUGAACCCUUCUGACUUCCUUCUAGAUCUUGCAAAUGGAGUUUACACAGAUCAAUCGAACGAGGAUCAUGCCUUAAAUAAGCAGAAAUUGGUUUCUGCUUACAAGAACUACUUUGAUGCCAAAUGGAAACCGAUAAUACUUGAUGAAAAUCCCGACAACGAUGAAAGCCAGAGUAGAUUUGAAGACAGUGGCUUUGGGAAAUGGUCUACCACUUGGUGGCAGCAAUUCAUUGUUCUGCUAAAAAGAGACCUAAAAGAGAGAAAACAUGAACCAUUUUCUGCCUUAAGAAUCUGUAAGGUCAUUGUGAUUGCCCUUAUAACAGGACUACUUUGGUAUAGGUCUAAUAUUUCACAACUGGGGGAUCAGAUUGGUCUUCUAUUUUUCAUUAAUAGCUUCUGGGCUGUGUUGCCAUUCUACAAAGCAAUAUUCACUUUCCCUCAAGAGGCAACUAUGUUGGAGAAAGAAAGAUCUUCUGGAAUGUAUAGGCUUUCAUCAUACUUCAUAUCUCCAAUCAUAGUUGACCUUCCUGUGGAGCUUAUCCUUCCAACGAUAUACCUUAUCAUAAUAUAUUUUAUGACAGGGUUGAAACUUAAUGUGAUAAACUUCUUAUACACUUUGCUUACCCUCUUACUCGAUGUUUUAGUUUCACAAGGACUAGGCCUUGCCAUUGGUGCUAUUAUUAUGGAUACAAAAUCAGCAAUCACACUUGGUUCAAUCAUCUUGCUUAGUUUUGUGCUGGCUGUUGGAUUCUAUGUUCGACAUGUUCCGAAUUUUAUAGCAUGGAUUAAGUACAUUUCCAUCAACUACUACAUAUACAAGUUGUUCUUAGGAUCUCAGUAUGACACUAACGAAACCUACCCGUGUUCUAAUGGGAAGUGUUUGAUUUCAGAGUUUCCGUUGAUAAAGCAAAUGGGAGAAUUACAUUUGCAAGGGCAGCUCAUGGCUUUGUUGGCUCUAUUCAUAAUGCUAAUAGGUUAUAGAGUUAUGGCUUAUUUUGCUCUUACGAGGAUUGGAGUGACAAAGAAGAUUCCUACCUGA